GACCUCCUUCCCGCGCCUGAGUUGCAGCCCCUGGAUCCCAGAGGGGCUCUCUGCAUCGCGACCCUGUCCCCGUCCCGGGUGGCAGCGAGCGAGUGGCUCCGGUCAACAUGUGGGGCACGCCGGGCACGGCGGCGCGCAGCAUCCGUCCCUACCGGUCUAGCCAGCAGUACCUCUACGCCAUGAAGGAGGACUUGGCUGAGUGGCUGAAGGAGAUGUACGACCUGGACAUCGAGGUGGGCACCUUCAUGGAGGUGCUGGAGACAGGGGCCGUGCUCUGCUCCCACGCCAACAACGUCACCCACGUGGCCGGGGAGUUUGCCCGUGCCUGCCCAGAUGUGGCUUGCCACCUCCCCCUGCCCACCGCCGGCGUCACCUGCAACCUCACGGCACAGCCAGGCACCUUCCAGGCCAGGGACAACAUCUCCAACUUCAUCCAGUGGUGCAGGAAGGAGAUGGACAUUCAAGAUGUUCUGAUGUUCGAGACAGAGGACCUGGUACUGAGGAAGAACGAGAAGAACUUUGUGCUGUGCCUGCUGGAGCUGGCUCGCCGCGCUGCCCGCUUCGGCAUGCGUGCCCCAACCCUUGUGCAGAUGGAGGAGGAGAUCGAGGAGGAGAUGCGCCAGGAGCUGGAGCCGCCCCCCACAGGCAGCUCCCUGCCCCGGCCCGCCAGGGAACCUCGGCACCUCCACAACCUUGACCAGAUGGUACAGAGGGGCACGGAUCGGGGUGGCAAUGGAGGCGGUAAUGGGACACGGGAGCCUCUGGGCCAGCAGUCUGCACGGUCCAAGUCACCCACUCGACCCAGCUCCCCUGGCUGCAGGGUGACAGGACGGGCACCCACCCCUUCCCGCAUGGCCCCUGGCACGCAGGACAGCUCGAAGGUCCCCAAGGUGACGCGUGGGGACGCCCCAGGGAAAGCCCCUGUGCCACCGGCAAGGGGCAGGGCCCCGGCGCUCAGCACCCGGCUGACUCCGGCACCGUCGAAAAGCAACCAGCAAGCAGGCAAAGCAUCUGCAGUGGCUGCCAGGCAACAGGAAGGGGGGGUCCCCGCUGCGGUGCCAGCCCGCGCCCCCAGCCCCAUCAAGGUCUGUGCCCCCUCCCCGCAGCAGGGAGACUCACAGGGCCACAGAAGCCGGCGGGAAGGGAGCCGGGGAGCCCUCGGCCGGGGCCAACAGGGGGCAAACAGGGGCCAGCCCUCACCCCAAAACCUCUCCAGCCAAGCCCUGAAGCAGGACAGGAGCCGCAACCCCCGCGGCAGGGCCAGCCCCGCCUGCUGCCGGCCCCCCACCCCCUCAGCCCGUUCCGCAGACGGCCGCAAGGUCUGCGCUGCUGCGGGGGGGUCCUGGCAGUGCCGCUCGGUCCCGAACCCUGGAACUGGGGGUGCUGAGGGCCCUGGGGUGCAGGCAGCUGAUCCGAGGGGACCCUGCCGGAGCAAGGGUCUCCAGGGCUGCUGGGGGCACACGCAGCCCCCCGGCUACAGCAAAGUGCUGGAGGAGCUCAGCCGCAGGCGGCAGCCGCUGCGCCCCGUGGGGCUGGGGAGCUGGGUCCCCGAGGAGCCCCCGGCAGCCCCCCUGCAGCCCCCGGCCCUUCCGGCAGGGGGUGAUGCAGAGCACCCAGGGCCGGGGGGCCAGACCCCGCGGGGGGGCAGGGCGGGCAGCGCCCCCAGGCCGCGGCGGUGCCUGAGGAAGCCCCAGCGCGUCCCCUCCAUCUACAAGCUGAAGCUGCGGCCCAAGGCACGGCCCCGGCGAGACCACCGGCCCGGCAAGCGCCCCUCCCGAAUCCCCACCCCGCUGGGCUGGGGGCUGCAGGCGUCCAGGCGCCGGCAGCAGCCUUCAGCACCCCCCCGGCAUCCCCAGGAUGGUGGCACCCAGCCCGGGGACAAGCCCUCGCCGGCUGAGAGCGGCGCCUGGCUGACUGAGGAUGAUGAAGAGGCAUGGGUGUGACCCCCCCCACCCGGCUUUUGGGGGGGAUGGAGGCCUCACUCAUGCCAAGGCGAUGCCUGAGGCUGGCAUGGGCAGCGCCACGGGUUUGCUUCCAGGCAAGCCGGGGCCGGUGUUGUGUCUCCCCUCGCUCUUGGGUGCUGCAGCCCCUCCUUCCCCACGGGCGUUUCUGGGGCUGGUCACUCACCUCCUGACCAGCUGCUUUUGAGCUGAGUGGCAAAAUCCAGCCCCGGGUGGAGACAGUGGGGCCCUUUCUGCAGGGGUGAGGGCUGCACUCCCCUGCGGUGUCCCCCUGAAGUGAGGGCACCCCACAUCAAGCAUGCACCUUGCACCUCAGCCUUCCGUCUGUCCGGUGGGACCAACCACCCCUACCUCCGAUAGGAAGAGCCAUAAUAGGUGUUGGGGUGUGGGGGGUGUGUGUGCCACAGGAGGUGACCCCUACUGUGCCCUGUGAGACUCCUAAUGGGCAAAGAUGGGAGACCCAGGGGGUGUGAUGGUCACCUUGGUGCUGAUACCCAGGGUGAUGGCUGGCACCGAGGCUCACUCCAGGCACUGCUGCAGACACAGACCCUGCCGUGUUUGUGCAAUAGAGAUGUACCAAAA